AUGAAAUUUAUAUAUAGUUUUUUAAUUUUAAUUUGUAUUUCAAUAAUUACUGUCAAGUCUCAAGAAGAAAGCUUUAAAUAUAAGUAUUUUCAUAUUAAAAAAGAUGGAGACCCAGAGUUUUGUAGAACCCAUGAAGAGGGUGACUAUUCAAUAGUAGAAUUAUCUGAAUGCAAACGUGGUUGCCAAGGUUACAUUAGAAUAUAUUCCAAAUAUUUAUUUAAUCGAUAUCCAUUUUAUUUUUCCCAAUUUAAUGAAUGUAAUGAUAAAAGGGGGUAUAUGGAUACCUUUACAUGUUUAGUCCCAUCCAAUGAUUUUAUCAAAAUUGGUGAAUCUGGCUUCAGUGUAUUAUGUAGCAACAUUAAAAAUAUCACUACAUCAACACCAUCAGAAACACCCACAAUAACAGAAACACCUAAUGAAACUACCACACCCAAACCAACACAAUCAUUAUCGCCAUCUCCUACACCAAAACCAACAGAAACCGCAUCUAACAAUCCAACAGAAUCACCAGCUGGUAAUGGUUCUCUUAAAAUUUCAAUUUCUUUAUCUCUAUUAGUAUUUUUAAUAAUUUCAAUAUUAUUAUAA